CGUUCGCCUUUUCAAACGCCAAUAAACGAUAAACAAAAUAUCCUUAUGAAUAAUAAUAAUAACAAUAAAAAUAUUCAGUGAUACAGAUUUUGGUGAUAAUAUCGCGCACAUUAUUAGUGUUUUUAUUACUCACUAUUAUUAUUAUUAUUUAAUAACAACGUUCGGUCGUAGGUGCGUACAAAUAGUUAUAACAAUCGUUUUGUUCAAUAUUUAUCUCCGUCUCGGUUUUAAUACAUAUUUCUGUAGUUCCGAUGGACGCGGCGCUAAAUUAAUAUACGUUCGACAUUUUUCGGUUGCGCACAACGUCAACGUUCCGUUCGCAACGUACCCUUUUCACCGCAGUCGUUGCGCUCGUGGGCACGGUUAAAAGUGAAGGACACUUUCUUUACUGGGCCAUUUCGACGUUCGACCGCAUUCGGUGAUUGGCGUGUGCGACACGGCCAUCGUUCCGCCGUACAUAUAUGGUGCAUUAUAAUAAUAAUAAUAUUGACCGCACGGACGUUCACAGGACACCACGGGAGGUGAAAAAACAAAUGUUUAAAUGGAAGCAUCUUCAAUUAUCACCCAAGUGUCGCGUGAAGAUGAACACCUAAAAAGUUUUGUGCCAGAUAAGGCUGAUCAUGUUCGAUUGAAAAAUGAACGAGGGCUAUGGCGAAAACUACUUUGCUGUUUUGGGAGAUCAAGAUCGAGACCAAAUUCUACUUUUGUCCCAAGUAGUAACAUACGUGGAGGUGGAGUGAAUACUAAGUCUGAUAGGAGUUUUACUCCUCCUCUUAGCCCAGAUCUUUCCCAAUCAUCAUACUUACUUCCUGCUAUAAGACACCAAGAUAUGCAUAAAAAAUGUAUGGUUAUUGAUCUUGAUGAAACACUUGUCCAUAGUUCUUUUAAGGCAAUUAACAAUGCAGAUUUCGUAGUACCUGUUGAAAUAGAUGGCACAGUUCAUCAAGUCUAUGUAUUAAAGAGACCACAUGUAGAUGAAUUUCUUCAACGUAUGGGUGAACUCUACGAGUGUGUAUUAUUUACUGCAAGUCUUGCCAAGUAUGCUGAUCCAGUUGCCGAUUUAUUAGAUAAAUGGGGUGUAUUUAGAGCCCGUUUAUUCCGUGAAUCAUGUGUGUUUUAUAGAGGAAAUUAUGUGAAAGACUUAAACAAAUUGGGUCGCGCAUUACAUAAAGUCGUAAUUAUUGAUAAUUCACCUGCGUCAUACAUUUUUCAUCCAGAUAAUGCUGUUCCUGUUAAUUCGUGGUUUGAUGAUAUGACUGAUAAAGAACUGUUGCAUUUAAUUCCAUUUUUUGAAAAACUUAGCAAAAUGGAAAAUGUUUACCCAGUUAUUUGCAACAUAAAUCAUAUGGCAAAUGCUGCUGCUGCAGCUAUUGCAGUACAAUCUCAACACAUCAGUACCGACAAUGUUUUAUAGCAUCAAUUUUUAAGUACAAUUUAUUUGUGCCAAUGGUAAUUAUUCUAAUCUACCGUGUUAAACAAAAGUAAUAAUAAUCAUAAUGUAACAAUUGUAUAAUGUAUACAAAGAUAAAAUUAUAAUAUUUACCUAAUUUAGGUACCA